GGGCCAGUGAGCAGCUGGGUCCUCGGACGAGGGGCCGGACCAGCCGGUGGUUGCCGGGGCCGCGAGGCCGGAGGACGAGGAGGGCGGGGCCGGCCGAGGGACCGCGGCGACGACCCAGCGAGCGAGCCCGGGCCUGAGGGGAGCGAUGCUGUGGUUCCAGGGCGCCAUUCCGGCGGCCAUCGCGUCUGCCAAGAGGAGCGGAGCGGUCUUCGUGGUGUUCGUGGCAGGUGAUGAUGAACAGUCUACACAGAUGGCUGCAAGUUGGGAAGAUGAGAAAGUGACAGAAGCAUCUUCAAACAAUUUUGUUGCUAUUAAAAUUGAUACCAAAAGUGAAGCCUGUCUGCAAUUUUCACAAAUUUAUCCUGUAGUAUGUGUUCCAUCCAGCUUCUUUAUAGGAGACAGCGGAAUCCCUUUGGAAGUAAUAGCAGGGAGUGUGUCUGCAGAUGAACUUGUUUCAAGAAUUCACAAAGUCCAGCAGAUGCACUCAUCAAAAGGUGAAACAUCAGUGACAAAUGACAGCCAGUCAGAAAGUUCAGUAUCUACCCCAUCUGCCUCAUUUGAACCUAAUGACGUAUGUGAAAAUACUGAGUCCAGAAAUGCAGAGCUUUGUGAAACACCAGCUACUUCUGACAUAAAAUCAGAUAUUGCAACAGGAGGAGACUGCACCGGUCAUGACAAUGCUUCUCAGGAGCCCAAUGGAUGUUCAAACCAGAGACCAGCAGAGGACCUCACCGUCAGAGUGGAAAGACUAACAAAAAAACUUGAAGAAAGGAGAGAAGAGAAAAGGAAGGAAGAAGAACAGAGAGAGAUUAAGAAGGAAAUUGAAAGGAGAAAAACUGGAAAGGAAAUGUUGGAUUAUAAAAGAAAACAAGAAGAAGAAUUAACAAAAAGAAUGUUAGAAGAAAGAAGCAGAGAAAAGGCAGAAGACAGAGCGGCUCGAGAGCGCAUCAAGCAGCAGAUUGCAUUGGAUCGUGCAGAAAGAGCUGCUCGUUUUGCAAAGACAAAGGAAGCAGAGGCUGCCAAAGCUGCUGCCUUGUUGGCCAAACAGGCAGGAGCAGAAGCCAAGAAGGAGUCUUGUGCACGAGACAGAAGCAGCAUUGCAAGAAUUCAGUUCCGGCUGCCUGAUGGUUCUUCCUUUACAAAUCAGUUUCCUUCUGAUGCUCCUUUGGAAGAAGCAAGGCAAUUUGCUGCACAGACUGUUGGCAACACCUACGGUAAUUUUUCACUAGCAACCAUGUUUCCCAGAAGAGAGUUCACCAGAGAAGACUAUAAGAAGAAGCUGCUGGAUCUGGAGCUCGCCCCCAGCGCCUCCGUGGUGCUGCUGCCAGCAGGACGACCAGCCACAUCUGUUGUCCACUCUUCUAGUGGAGACAUCUGGACAUUACUGGGGACGGUGCUUUAUCCAUUCCUAGCCAUCUGGAGAUUAAUUAGCAAUUUUUUAUUUAGUAAUCCUCCUCCUGCACAGACUUCAGCAAGAGCCACAUCCACAGAGCCUUCAAACCCUGCAUCAUCCAACAAGUCAGAAAAAAGGGAAACAGUCCGAAAAAGAGUCCUGGAAAAACGAGGGGAAGACUUUAAAAAGGAAGGAAAGAUAUACAGAUUGAGGACUCAAGAUGAUGGGGAAGAUGACAACAACACUUGGAACGGAAACUCCACGCAGCAGAUGUAGUGUAGUGAGCACAGUAUGUGCAGCCUCGCUGUCCCCUGGAGGCUCCACUCAGCUAGACUUCUGCUGGAGAAGUGAGUCUGCUCUGUGUUUUCAGACCACGAGUACAGCCUUUAUUUCUGCUUAGAGGUUAGGAGUUAAGGUUGUUAAACAUGAGAUAGCUGGAUGCUAGGUCCUUGGAUAGGGUAACCCGCUGCUCAGCCUGAAAGAAUCCCAAGGCUGCCCAGCCACCUGCCAGUUCCUACUCAAACUUUACAGCCCUCUAGCCCAGUAUUUCAUUUAGGAUACUUUUUGCUGCAAGACUAAGCCACACACAAAGUCAUUGGUAUGUCACUGAGUAAUCUGACCCUUAGAGCACUUCAGCUAGCUAAUCAGAUAAUAACUGAUAUUUAGCAUUUCUCUUUGCACUCUUCAGCUGACAAAACAAAAAACAAAAAAACAAAAAAAGAUCUUGUAGUUUUUGAUCUUACUUAACAUCAAAUAAAAAAAGUUUUCCAAAAAUCAGAAUGAUCUUAUUUUUGCUGUAUGCAUCUUUUUGUUGUACAGGGCUGUAUCGAGGUCACUUUUGUCUGACUUUUUUUUUUUUUUUCCCCAAUGCUGCCCUGAAGAUGUCAGCAAAAUAACUGGCUACCUUUCCUUUAAACAAAAUGUAGGGACUCUGGCUUAUGGACACCAGGUCCUAUGUGUCCUAGGUCACUGAUACUUUUGUCUUAUUAUCUGUUCUCAUCAAUGCCAAACAGAUGAGAAUGGCCAGUCUGCAGCUUAGAUUGCUCACUCACAUUUGUACUGAAAUGUCACACACAGCAAUAACUCUUGUAGGACCAAAUUCCAGUGGUGUAGGGCGAGGGUAGAGAGCAAAGACACUUCAUUCCCAUUAUUCCUGAAUUUGGAAAACGUUCUCAAAGUUACUGCUUCUUCCACUAAAAGUUGUGCUGUUUAAAAUGUGGGGUGUGCGUUAUUGUCCCCUGUCUUAGAGUGGAGAGUCAUUCUUGACCACGCGGCAGGGAGGACACUUGGAUUCAUGAGAGGAGGAAGAGCUUUUUUCUGUAGAGUAAUAGGCUAGCAAGAUGGUGGUGCUGGCGGGAAGCAGUGUGGCAGCUGAACUGCUGAGCAGCAGAACCUUUCUGACAACAUGCCCAGAAACUUCGAAUGUCUCACGCUUUGACACAGUAGCUUGUUCUAAGUAAUGAUGAUCAUUGCAGAAGUUGAGGUAUGAAUAGACCUCAUAUUAGUUAACUUAAAAACUGGAAACAACUAAUGCCUUCUGUGGAUGUAAUUUCUCCUGAGAAAUGGUAUGUACUAAUCCAGCUGUUGCCAUGUUUACCGAGUGCCUGCUGUGGACUGGUGAACAGAAGGCAGGCGACAUAGCUGUGGGCACAGGAUGAGUUCAGCUUUGUAAAUAAGAUGUGUGGAGGACAGGUGUUAGUGUGUAUGUAAAGAAAGAAGAAGACAUUAAUGAAUGGCUGCAUGUCCUUCUGGUUCUCUUGCAAUCUUCAACUCUUCCCCUCUUCUGCACCGAUCAUAUUAUUUACAUUAUCUAAAGAGAGUUUUGCCAGGCAUGGUAGCUCAUAUUUAAAAUCCUAGCACUUGGGAACCAGAAGCAGGUGGAUCUCUAAGUUUAAGAGCCAGCCUGGUCUAUUUAGCAAGUUCAGGCCAGCCAGGAAUACAAGGUAAAAACCUUGUCCCGAAAACAACAACAAAAAUGUGAGUUUUUAAAUUUUUUUCUAGCAACUGUCUCAUUUAAAAUCCAGCCAUCGUCUAAAAAUGCAGCAAGCUGGGUGUGGCGUCUCAUGCCUAUAGUCUGAAUACUUGGGAAGAGGAGGCAGGAGUAUCAAAAGUUCAAAAUUAUCCUCAGGUCCAGAUUCAAGUCCAGCCUAGGCUGGAUAAGAUCCUGUCCCCACAAUAAUGAGGCAAUAUAUGAUUUUUUAAAAAUACUUGUCAAAUGGGUAUGAAUCCUGGGAAAAAACAAAGUACCUCAAGUCAGUUUGUCUUGAAAAUCAAAUACAAAUCUUAAAAUGUACAUAACUCAUGUUUGAGUAUGAGGAUUCCUUUUCAACAUUAUCUCUUUUAAAAAGUAUACAUGGUUGAAAAGCUCCAUAGGAAAGUGGUGUGUCUGUUCCAGCGUCUGACCCCACUACCAUUCCCCGGAGGUAACCUCUAUUAAUAAUUUCUAAUGUAAUUUUCAGAAAAUUUUAUGCAUAUAAGCAAAUAUGUAAUCUUUAUUUUUAAAUAAAUGGGAUCGUAUUGUAUGUAC